AUGUCCUGCUGGCUACUUAUUGUGGAACGACAUCUCGAGAGUCGUGAUGUGACACAGAUAAACACACUAUCAUUGGCACAGACAAAAGAAGCUGACAAGUCCUAUUGGCACAAUGUGGAUGACUUAGAUCUGGAGGGGUUAGUCAAGAACAUUGUUAGUGACCCUAGCACUUGUGCACAUAGGGUCACUGAACUAAAAAGGGCACUUCUGACUGUUACAUUGGGCCAAACACUUCUGGCUGCGUAUGCCUACAAUAAUUUUAACAUUGAUCUCAAGACUACCAAACACACAGUUAAAAAGUCUACCAAUUCCCUCAAAUAUCUCCCAUUGGGACUCAGGUGUUUCAAGGACCAGAUCAAACCUCCGACAGCCAUGGAGCCAAUACCAAUUGUGCAGACACCAAUUAUCCCAGCACGAGCUAUGGAUGUCAAUAACUCAACUGUCUCUGGAAACAUAUGUGCUGUCGUGGAAUUGAUGGCACAGGGAGGGUUUGAGGAGGAAAUUUUGCUAUCAGAUUAUGUAGUCUUGUUUCACGGAGAUCUGGGGACAGAAGAAUGCCUGCAGGCCCUCCAGCAAAGGAUAUUUAUUGCAGACCACAGACUUUUCAAAAUGCACCAGUGCUCGAAUGAAAUGCAUAAUCAGCAACAUGAGAAUACAUUGCUAUUCAAUAAGUAUGCCCUACACUAUGAGGAACUAACACAUGCAAUGAACACUGGUGACAUUAGGAGGGCUGAAUCAUGCAUUGUCCCAUGGAUACCCAUAUUCAAAGCCACGGGAAAGCACAAGUACCCAACACAUAUGAAGGACUUCUUAAUAAAUCUACACUACAAUUAUCCGCCAGGCUUAAAAUGCACAAUACAAUAUAACAUUCUUAUUAAUCCAUCUGGCAAGGCUGGCAAAUUUCAAGCAGUUGACUGGUAUCUGGAGUUAUAUAACCUAUUCACAAAGACACUUCACACCCUCUUAGCAGAUAUGCAAGUGCAAUCAGCAUAUGACUUCAAGCUAGGCUGCACCAGCAAGCAUUCUAUUCCCGACCUACUGAACAGGGGGAUGUAUAUGAUGGAGAUAGGUGAUAGUGUAAAGACUUGGGAAACAAGAUGUUUCAAACAGAUUCGGUUGCACUAUAUUUUGGCUUGGCUUUUAUUUUUGCAGCAAGAGGAAGAGGUGAAUGUUGGUCGAGGCAGCAUUGAGAUGUGGGCGCAACAGAUGUGUGGUCUUGAGAUGUUAUUUGAACUUUGCAAGUCGCAAUCAAUUGGGAAUUUUGGACAGCUUGACAAUGUGGAAGUUAAACCGGUGGAAGAAUGUGAGGUGAUGUUACAACAAGUUAGCGGGGAUGGGACAAAGCAGCAAGAGCAGCCUUCCAAAUUAGAUGGAUCACACUCAAAGUGGAAACUGGGAAUUCUCACUGGCCUGUUGGUUGUUGAAGUAAACAUCAAACACUUUUCUUUGACACUUCUAUCCUGGUUGCACAUCCGCAUUAACAAGCUUCUUCUGCCCCUCCAAUAUCCAACUGUUUAUCUGUUGAGCCACUACUAUCUCUAUCCAUUUCAUCUUGCUCUUCAACCAACGGGACAGCAAUUGGCCUUGAUACACCUACCACAACACGCUUUGCAGAGGUGCCCGCCGUUCAUAUUUGGUUUCCUUAUCUGGCGGCAGAUGGUUCCUAAGGAACUUGGUUGCACUGAUAGCCUCUUGAAUAUUGUUGAAGAAUAUAAGAAACUUUUCCGUAGGAUAUUUGAUUUGGCGGAUGCUGAGCCAAAUAUUUGGUUGAUUGGUAGAGCGAUGGAUUGUAAGGAGGUCCUCAGUACGCAGGAGCAGGAAUUGGGGAACAUGUGGGAAUUUAUACUGCAGCUGAUUGCAAUUGCACAAUAG